AUGGGUGAUAUGGCAGCAACAGAUGCUGGGCGCCCAGAUUUGCAUCCUUAGGCCACGCUGAGAGCCUGAAAAGAGCAGGAACCAGAGAGGAGUGCUGGGAAGGCGGGGACAGGAGGCGCGGAGAAUCCCCCCUAAAAAGGCAGAAGCUCCCGCCCCCAUCGUGAGCUCCGCGCAGGCUGAGCGUCUGUCUCCCGCUGUAGCUGCAUCCCGAGCGACCUCUCCCCAUCAUGCGAGGCCCUAACACAGAUGGGACGAAGGUCCCCUUCUGCAACGCCAAGGAGGAAAUCUCUGCCCGGGUCGAAACCUCGGAGGACGACAGCGGCCAAGAGAGGCCGGACGCGCGCCGGCAGCGCCAGAACAUCGUCUGGAGGAACGUUGUUCUGAUGUGCCUGCUCCACCUGGGGGCCGUGUACGCGCUGGUGCUCAUCCCCAAAGCCAAGCCUCUCACUCUACUCUGGGCCUACUUCUGCUUCCUCCUGACUGCUCUGGGCGUGACAGCUGGUGCCCAUCGCUUAUGGAGCCACAGGUCCUACCAGGCCAAGCUGCCUCUGAGGAUAUUUCUGGCUGCUGCCAACUCCAUGGCUUUUCAGAAUGACAUCUUCGAGUGGUCUAGGGACCACCGAGUCCACCACAAGUACUCAGAGACAGAUGCUGACCCCCACAAUGCCCGCCGGGGCUUCUUCUUCUCCCAUAUCGGGUGGCUGUUUGUUCGCAAGCAUCGAGAUGUCAUAGAGAAGGGGAGAAAACUCGACGUCACUGACCUACUGGCUGAUCCUGUGGUCCAGUUCCAGAGAAAAUACUAUAAGAUCAGCGUGGUGCUCAUGUGCUUUGUGAUACCCACGCUGGUGCCCUGGUACAUCUGGGGAGAGACUCUGUGGAAUUCCUACUUCUUGGCCUCCAUCCUCCGCUAUACCAUCUCGCUCAACGUCACCUGGUUGGUCAACAGUGCUGCCCACAUGUACGGAAACCGGCCCUAUGACAAGCACAUCAGCCCUCGGCAGAACCCUCUUGUCACUCUGGGCGCCAUUGGUGAAGGUUUCCACAAUUACCAUCACACAUUUCCCUAUGACUACUCUGCAAGUGAAUUUGGCUUAAAUUUCAACCCGACCACCUGGUUCAUUGACAUCAUGUGCUGGCUGGGGCUGGCCACUGACCGAAAACGGGCAACCCAGUCGAUAAUCAAGGCCCGCAAGGCAAGGACUGGAGAUGGCAGUAGCUGAGCCUGCAGCUGUCCGCCCAACAUGUCUGCUGUUGACUCCUGUGUUCAUUGCUUUUGUUACUGUGUUUUUUUUGUCCAUUGGAUUUGUGGGAGAAGCUUGAGGGUGGAUGGAAUCUAUGUGGUUUGAGAGUUUUUUGUUUAUCUCAAAGUAAUGUCUAAAUACAACUAUCAGUGAAAGACAUUU